AUGGGUUUCAAACAGGCUAUAUCUGAUUCUUCCUUAUUCACAAGGAGCAAAGGUAAUGAAUUUGUGGCUUUACUUGUAUAUGUUGAUGAUAUAGUAAUUGCCAGUCCAGAUUUAAGCCAAGUACAUCAAAUUAAGAAGCAUUUGGAUGCUGUUUUUCAUAUCAAAGACCUAGGUCCUCUGAAAUUUUUUUUGGGAUUGGAGGUGGCCAGAAGCAGUAAAGGCAUUAGUGUAACUCAAAGAAAAUACACUUUGGAAUUACUUGAAGAAAGUGGUUUUUUACACUGUAAGCCAGCUAAAACACCUAUGACAACAGCAACCAGACUCAGUAGGACUACUGGUAACACUCUUGACAACAUUACUCAAUAUAGGAGGCUUGUGGGAAAAUUAUUAUAUCUUACAAUAACAAGACCAGAUAUAAGCUAUGCUACACAACAGUUAUCUCAAUUCCUAGAUUGCCCUACUGAUAUUCAUCUACAGGUAGCACACAGGGUCCUAAGAUAUGUCAAAGCAACUCCCGGGCAGGACCUUUUCUUCUCAGCAUCUUCAAAACUACAAAUCAAAGGCUUCACUGAUUCUGAUUGGGCUGCUUGUCCAGAUACUAGAAGAUCUGUUACUGGUUUUUGCAUGUUUCUGGACAAUACCUUGGUGUCUUGGAAGUCAAAGAAGCAACACACCAUCUCCAGAAGCUCAUCUGAAGUUGAAUAUAAGGCCCUUGCAGCAGCAGCAUGUGAGAUACAAUGGUUGGUUUACCUGCUACAAGAUCUAGAAGUAAAUGUUGAUUCCUCAACCAUGCUGUACUGUGAUAGCAAAUCUGCCAUUGCAAUAGCAGAAAAUCCAGUCUUCCAUGAGAGGACAAAGCACAUCGAGAUAGAUUGCCACCUUGUAAGGGAGAAGCUACAAAAACAAGUGUUGAAAUUGUUGCAUGUCACUACCACCAAUCAGCUUGCAGAUGUUUUCACAAAACCCCUGGCUGCUAAUACCUUCUGUAGUUUCAUUUCCAAGCUGGGUCUACACUGCUUGUACACUCCAGCUUGCGGGAGGGUGUCAACAGAGGACACUCAAACCCCUUCACCACCCAACUCAACUGCUCUAACCAAAUCUACAACUGAUAUCUGUUAG